AUGGAAAGGGGAAACAUGAGCUUUCCCAACACUUUUGUCCUGCUGGGCUUCUCAGAGUUUCCAUGGCUAGAGAGGCCCCUCUUUGCAGUGGUCCUGGUCUCCUACCUCCUCAGCCUGGUGGGUAACAGCUCCAUCAUCCUCCUCUCCCUAGUGGACCCCAGACUCCAGACACCCAUGUACUUCUUCUUGGAUAACCUCUCUCUGCUGGACCUAUGUAUCACCUGCACCACUGUGCCGCAGCUGCUGGCCAACCUGUGGAGAUCAGGAAAGACCAUUACUUCCUGGGGCUGCAUCACACAGAGCUAUCUAUUUGGCUUGGCAGCCAGCACUGAAUGUGUCUUGUUGGCCAUGAUGGCCAUUGACCGCUAUGUGGCCAUCUGCUGGCCCCUCCAGUACACUCUCAUCAUGCGUCCCUGGGUAUGUGUGCAGAUGGCAGCUACCUCCUGGUCCAGUGGCCUCACCAAUGCUCUGCUCCAAGCCACACUCAUGCUCCAGCUCCCCUUCUGUGGGCACCACACCCUGGACCACUUCUUCUGUGAAGUGCCUGUGCUCAUCAAGCUAGCCUGUGGGGACACCUCUGCUAAUGAGCAGGCCAUCACAUUUGCAACCAUUCCAUUUGGAAUGGUGGCUCCACUGAUGAUGGUCAUCUCCUACAUCUUUAUUGCUAGGGCUGUACUUAAGCUACCUUCAGCUGAAGGAAGGCAAAAGGCACUCAGCACCUGCAGUUCCCACUUGUUGGUGGUAACUCUGUACUUUGCACCUGGCAUGUACAUGUACCUCCAGCCUUCAUCCAAGACUUCCCAAGCCAAGUUCAUGUCCUUUUUCUGCUGCAUUAUCACACCACUGCUCAAUCCACUCAUCUACACCCUGAGAAACAAGGAUGUGCAGACAGCGUGGAAAAGGAUCCUGAAAUCCCAGGGCAGAGUGAAGUCUCUAAAAGCCAGAUGA